GGUUGGUCCUCUUCACAGUGGAGCUGGAGACUGAGGUUAUUUGUUGGCAUGUUUGGGAUAACUUCCAGCAUAAAGACUUUCCCUGCGUAAUUUCUAUUCAGUUUUCUCAAGUGAUCAGACGCUGCUGUUUCUCCAUCUGAGCCAGGAACACGUUUGCUGAGUUUGGGGACAUUAAACUGGAUGGAAGUUUAAAUGUUUUUGGGAGGAAGUGGGUGGCAUCUCUUUACAGAAGUAAGAUGCGCCGAUUUUGCCUUUGCGAAGACUCAUCGGUGCUGCUACAAAUGAAUGAAGUGACUAUAUGAGAAAUGCUCUCCAAAUGACGGAGCGCUUUUUACAUCACCUCGAACCUGCUUACUGCGAUUAAAACAAACUGUGGUCCAGGAUCAUGUACACUGACUUACACUGAACGUCUUUUCUAGUAAUCUGUAGCCUGAAAUCUGGACUGGAGUGAUCGAGUGGGAUUAUACUGUGAGUUGGUCAACACCUGAGCUGAUUGAAAUCAGUCAUGUUUUGAAAGUAUUCAACCUUUUGUACCAGUCAUUUGGUAUGCGGCUACAGUAGUCCAUUAUCCAUCUUAUGACACUUUGUUGGUUUGUUUUAGCUAUCUUUUUCUAAACAUAGAUUUGUAAAUAUGAGGGGGGAAGCCAUGUGGGGGGUAAUUUUUGUGUAUUGCUUGGCAUUGGCAGUGUUUGUGUCAGAUGGGAAACAAGCUGGUCUGCGACCCAACAGAGCACGGCGGCCGUCAACCUCCUUAUCCAGACAGAGCCCUUUCCGCCGGGCAGCUCAGAGAGAAGUUCACGAAGAGAUGCAAAAAGAUGAACCCGGCACUAGCCAAAACAGAAGGGUGUUGAGCCAGACAAGAGGCAUGCAGGGUGGGUUGAGAAAACUCCAAAGGGAUGGUGGUGUGUCUGGAGCACGGGCUGCCCUGUCCCGCAUGCCCAGCUCUGCUGGAUCCCCCAAUCUGUUGGCCACGUUUGCAGGGAAAAAUCGUCUCCUGGUCAUCUCAGCCCCUCAUGAAUCAGACGGCUAUUACAGGCUAAUGAUGAGCCUGCUCAAGCCAGAUGUGUAUUGUGAGCUGGCUGAACGACAUGUGCACCAGAUUGUGGUGUUUCACCAGGAGGGCGAGAUGGGUGGGAAGGUUAGACGCAUUACCAAGGUGGGCAAAGUGAUGGAGGAGCCUCUGGAUACAGCACUCAUCCCCCGACUCAUGAACUUCCUCAAGUUAGAAAAAGGAAAAUUUGGUAUGGUGCUUUUGAAAAAAACACUGCAGGUGGAGGAACGCUACCCAUACCCAGUGAGACUGGAGGCCAUGUAUGAGGUCAUAGACCAGUCACCCAUGCGAAAGAUGGAGAAGGUGAGACAGAAAGGCUUUUUGCAGAAGUGUAAGGAGGCAGGGGAGGAGGGUCAGGUGGUUCAGGGCAUCCCCAGCCCUGAUACUCUGGUGAAUCCACCCAUUGUGAGAAGACCAGAGAGAAAACAGGAACCCAACAGAAGACCCAACCAAGUCACCACCACAUUGUCUACUACUACAAGACCUCCUCCUACUACUACUACUACAAGACCUACUACUACUACAACUACCACAACAACUACAACCACCACCACCCGGCCCUCUACCGCCCGUCCCACAACAACCAUCCGCCUUACCACGAGUUCCCCACAGGCCACCAUCACCCAGAGGACAACAAAAAGUCACACGUCCCCACAGUGGGACCUCAAUGCCAAGACCAAGAAUUACCAUUAUGAUGACAGGGACCAGUCUAAGAAAAACACUCUUCAGCCAACCACCCCCUCUUAUUUCUAUACUAAAGCCUACACUGCAAAAAAUGGAGACAACCGUACUGACCGAAAGGACUACACUCAUAAACAAUCUGGUAUACUGCCAAGUCAACACAAGCCAAGCAAAUCUAAGCCACCUAAAAAAAAGAAUGGAGAUGGUGGUCUGAGUAAUGCAUAUGAUGUUGGCAAACCUACAGACACUUACCCAGUGGAAAAAGAGACUGAGGGCGUUCCCAUCAAGAAAGUUAAAGACAAGCAGAACAAGGCAGAGAAAAAGAAGAAAAAAGUCAAAUCAGACAAGCUGCCAAAGAAGGAUAAGACAAAAAGGAAAGGGAAGGAAGAUGGGGGAAAAUCGGAGAGGAGAGAAAAGGAAGCAGGGCUUGGAAAAAAAAUGGACAAGAAGUUUGAAAAAGAAAAAAAGAACUACCAGAAGCCUACAAAGAAACCACCACCUCCUACAAAGGGAGCCCUGGCAACAUUCUUGGAAUAUUUCGAAAACAGAAGGCGGUUACUUCUGAUUACUGCUCCAUCAGAAGAGAACAGCAUGUAUGUGCAGCAGAGGGAUGAAUACCUAGAACAUGUGUGUGAAAUGGCUAUUAGGAAGGUCUCUAUCAUCACCAUUUUUGGCACUUUGACCAACAGCACAAUGAAAAUUGAUCAUUACCAGCUUGAAAAUGAUAAACCUAUGAAGGGCCUGCGGCAGGAGGAUCUAGUGAACCAGGAGCUCAUCACAGAUCUGAGGAAAGAGUUCAGAAUGACCUACAAUGAUUUCUAUAUGGUGCUGACUGAUAUCGACAUGAAAUGGAAGCAAUUUUAUGAGGUCCCAAUUGCCAUGAAGGCUGUAUUUGGCUACAUCGACACAUUUUCUUCUCGCAUCAGGGAAAUGGAGCAACAAAAGCGAGAUGGGGUGAUGUGUAAAAAGGAAGACAAGCCGCGAUCGUUGGAGAACUUCCUGUCCAGGUUCAGGUGGAGACGCAGACUUUUUGUGAUAUCGGCUCCCAGUGAUGAAGAGUGGGUGUAUCAGCAACAGCUCUAUGCCCUGUCCAGUCAGGCGUGCAACCUUGGGCUUCGUCAUAUUUCUGUUUUAAAGCUCCUGGGGACUGAAAUGGUCGACAUGGGUGGAGUGUUGGAGCUCUACCCCAUUAAUGGCAGUGCGACAGUGGACCGUGAGGGCUUGUCAGCAACACUCGUGAGGGACAUCAGGAAUUAUUUCCAGAUCAGCCCUGAAUAUUUCUCCAUGUUGCUGGUCGGCAAGGAUGGCAAUGUGAAGUCAUGGUACCCAUCGCCAAUGUGGUCCAUGGCCAACAUUUAUGACCUGAUCGACUCCAUGCAGCUACGUAGACAGGAGAUGGCCAUUCAGCAGAGCCUGGGCAUGCGCUGCCCUGAGGAUGAGUAUGGUUCCUAUGGCUACCACAAUGGUUAUCAGGAGAGAUAUCAUGAAGGAUAUGGUUACUAAAGGCUAUAAGUCAGUCUAUGAGCCAUUCUAAAGGGGCUGUAUAUUCCAGUGGACUGAAUUUUAGUGUCAGAGGUCACACACCAUACUUCCUCUUUUUAACUGUAUUUUUUUUUUAUUAAGCAUUUGAAUUUAGUCAUCUUAUUUGUAUAGGUUCAUCAUUUCUCCCUGCCUGAGGAUAUAGUGUUUUGUAUUAUUUUCUGGAUGAAGUGAUCAUUUUCAGGGUCACAGCUGGGUUUUUGGUAAUGGAAACUGAUUUGGAUUUUUCUUACUCCACUGAAAAUGAAAGACACACAGUUCUUAUUUAUGUCAAUAAAUGUCCUUAAUGUUAAUAAAAAUAGCUUUAGGUUUA